UAUAAUGUGACGGUUAAUCGGUUAUAGUUUUUCGGUGGUAAAAGCAGAAAGUGUUAGAAAUGUGAGAGCGCAGCGUGUUUGUUUGCCAGGGUAAAGCAGUGAGGCGCGGCUCUGAGACGCCUAACAGCGCUCUACCGCGUCGCGUCGCGUCGCGUCUCCAGAACUACAGUUUACAGGAGAGCUCGCACUGCAGCGAUGUUACUGCUGGACUCCGAGGACAGCUACGAUUUAGUCUUCAAAAUAGUUCUUGUCGGAGAUGUCGGUGUCGGCAAAACCUGCGUGGUGCAGCGUUUCAAGACCGGCGUAUUCCUCGAAAAACAAGGGAACACGAUCGGUGUGGAUUUUACCAUGAAGACCCUGGAGAUACACGGGAAGAGAGUUAAGUUACAGAUUUGGGAUACAGCCGGACAGGAGCGGUUUCGCACGAUCACACAGAGUUACUACCGCAGCGCCAACGGAGCCAUCAUCACUUACGACAUCACGAAGAGAGCCUCCUUCAUGUCUGUGCCCAGGUGGAUGGAGGACGUGAAGAAAUAUGGAGGAUCCAACAUCGUCCCGCUGUUAAUCGGUAAUAAAUCAGACCUGCCGGACUUGCGUGAAGUUCCGGUUGAGGAUGCUCAGAGCAUGGCUCAGCAGCUGGAUUGUGUUUGCGCCAUCGAGACUUCAGCCAAGGACUCCAGCAAUGUGGAAGAGGCAUUCAGCCAGAUGACCAGUGAGCUCAUCCUGAGACACGGCGGGCCCAUGUUCACUGAGACCGUGACCGACAGCUUUAAACUCAACAGCAAGGAUGUGAGCAGUGAGGGCUGGGGAUGUGAGUGUUGAUGAGCAAUAAAAAGCUCGCUCAGUCGCUGUAUAGAUUGAGUACUGUCAGGAGGAGAUCUUACUAGGAGUAAAACACUCUCAAAACAGUCAGACGUACCUGUGAAGACAUUGGGCAUGAUUGCCAAGAACAAAAUUGUCACACAUUU